UAUUUCACAAUGCACAUCAAUCUUGAACUAAAGGCGGAUUUGCAGUGAUCCAGAACAAAAGAUUUGGAAAGAAUCUUGCUUUUUUAGAAUUCACACCAACAAGUCUUUUCGAUCGGCCUUUUACGCCUGCUUAUAUAACGCAUUGUAUCGUUAGAAGUAGAAAAUACUAGAGAUACAAAAAUGGAGAGUUUGAAGAGUGACCCGAAUCAUAUUAAGCCGAAAGACACCUACAAAAUGGCUUAUAUAAUUCAUUUCUUACUUGGUGCAGGAAACUUGCUUCCAUGGAAUGCUUUCAUAACCGCUAUUGACUACUUCGGCCAUCUUUAUCCGGAUAAACAUGUGGAGAAAGUGUUUUCGGUUGCUUAUAUGAGUUCUUCGCUUUUAAGUUUGAUUGUUAUGAUAAGUUGGAGUAAUUUCGGCAGAUUAGUCAGCUUCAAAGUGAGGAUGAACGUUGGAUUUACGAUGUUUGUUUUGUCGCUCAUGGUAACUCCGACUAUUGACUGGGCUUGUUGGCAUAAAAAGACAACCUCGGCGUUUUAUGCAGUGGUUGCAUCGGUUGUGGUCUGUGGUUUAGCGGAUGGCUUGAUUGGCGGGAGCCUUGUGGGGUCCGCUGGAAAAUUGCCAAAAGAGUACAUGCAGGCCGUUUUUGCAGGGACUGCUUCAUCAGGAAUUUUGGUCUCUUUAUUGCGAAUUAUUACAAAAGCCUCACUCCCACAAGAUCCACAAGGGCUCAAGAAAAGCGCACACUUAUAUUUCCUCGUUAGCACGCUCAUCUUACUCGUCUGCAUGGUUUGUUGUACCUUUCUAUACAAGUUACCGGUCAUGGAACAACACUAUAAACUACUCCAACAUAACGGUCCGAUAUCAACGAAUAAAUUCUGGAACGUCGCAAGAAUGAUCCAAUGGCCCGCUCUAGGAAUCUUCAUCAUAUACACCGUAACUCUAUCAAUUUUUCCGGGAUUUUUAGCAGAAAACAUUGAGUCAAAACUCCUCAAAGACUGGUACGCGAUAGUGUUAAUCGCCAUAUACAAUACCGCGGAUUUCGCUGGGAAAUGUUUUACGGCGAUUUAUGUUUUAAAGAGUAUGUCGAAAGCGACAUGGGGUUGUUUGGGGAGACUGUUGUUGUAUCCACUCUUCACAGCCUGCUUACAUGGGCCUAAGUGGCUGAAAAGUGAGGUUUUUGUGGUGUUUUUAACGGUUAUUUUGGGGUUUACUAAUGGGUAUUUGACGAGUGUCGUUAUGAUACUGGCGCCUAAAUCGGUCCCACCUUCGGAGGCCGAAAUGGCUGCUGUGGUGAUGGCUUUGUUUUUAGGACUCGGGUUAGUUUCGGGCUCGGUUCUUGGCUGGUUUUGGAUCAUUUGAUGAUGUGAAACUAGUAUUUACUGAAUCUGUUUAAUUUUUCCUUUGUUAUAUUGUUUUGUUGUUAAUAUUAUAUAAGAACUAGUUUUUUUAUGGCUGUGCGUUGAUGCGGCGUUUUACGCGGCGUGAAGUAUAGACUACAAU